AUGAGCUCUGAUGCAGAGAUGGCCAUUUUUGGAGAAGCAGCUCCCUACCUGUGGAAAUCAGAGAAGGAGAGAAUCGAGGCUCCAAAUCGCCCAUUUGAUUCUAAGAAAGCUUGCUUUGCAGUGGAUGAUAAGGAAUUUUAUGUGAAAGGUAUGAUCCAGAGCAAGGAAAAUGACAAAGUCACAGUCGAGACCCUCGACAACCGUACACUCACUCCGAACAGUGACCAAGUCUUCCCCAUGAACCCUCCCAAAUUUGACAAGAUCGAGGACAUGGCCAUGAUGACCCACCUACACGAGCCAGGAGUGCUGUACAACCUCAAAGAGCGUUACGCAGCCUGGUUGAUCUACACCUACUCAGGCCUCUUCUGUGUCACCGUCAACCCAUACAAGUGGCUGAAGGUGUACAACCCUGAGGUGGUGAUGGCCUACAGAGGCAAAAAGCACCAGGAGGCCCCGCCCCACAUCUUCUCCAUCUCUGACAACGCCUAUCAGUUCAUGUUGACUGAUCGAGACAACCAGUCCGUCCUCAUCGCCGGAGAAUCCGGGGCUGGGAAGACAGUGAACACCAAGCGUGUGAUCCAGCACUUUGCAGCAACUGCGGUCACUGGGGAGAAGAGGAAGGAGCAGCGGCCGGGCAAGAUGCAGGGAACCCUGGAAGACCAGAUCAUCCAGGCCAGCCCCCUCCUGGAGGCCUUUGGAAAUGCCAAGACCGUGAGGAAUGACAACUCCUUGAGAUUCGGGACGUUCAUUCGUAUUCACUUUGGAGCCACAGGAAAGCUGGUGUCAGCGGACAUUGAAACCUAUCUCUUAGAAAAAUCCAGGGUGGCAUUUCAGUUAUCCCGUGAGAGAGGCUAUCAUAUUUUUUACCAAAUCAUGUCAAACAAGAAGCUGGAACUUAUGGACCUGCUUCUCAUUUCAACCAACCCCUUUGACUUCCCCUUUGUGAGCAAAGGAGAGGUCACCGUGGCCAGUAUUGAUGACAGUGAGGAACUGUUGGCCACUGAUGUGGCCAAGGGCCGGCCCGGGCUGGAGACGUGCAGGAAGCAGAGCUGGGCCAGCUGGCCAGAGUGGGAUACCUCGUGUGAGGCACUUGGCUACUUGGGAAAACCGCGCGGGAGCGAGCUUUACACCAGCAGAUGUUUUGUAAAAUUGAACGGGGUAGGCUCGGGCCUGUCCUCAAAGCCUCUACUCAAAGGCGAGACCUUCCUGCGACUGCCAGCCCCCGAGGACGCCCCGCGCCAGGUGCGCUCUGGCCAGGAUGCCCACUUCCGGGAGAGGCGCGCGGACCGCCGGCGCGCUCAGGUAUGUGACAGCCAGCAGCUGUCUGCGCAGCACAGGAAUGUGACAGCCACCAGUACUUUCCGCAUCAAAGGUGAGUGA